AUGGGUCGCCCGAUGAAUUGCAUCGUUGUUGCCGUAGCCUUCGUGGCAGCAACCGCGGGAGUCAGAGAUAUGCCGAAGCUAUCCGAACUACCAAAACUUGCGGACAUGCCAAAAAUAGCGGACAUGCCAAAGUUGUCAGACAUGCCCAGGAUGGUUGACAUGCCUCAGUUUCCAGAAAUGCCCAGGAUGGUUGACAUGCCUCAGUUCCAAGAAAUUCCCAGGAUGGUUGACAUGCCUCAGUUCCCAGAAAUGCCCAGGAUGGUUGACAUGCCCAAGUUGUCAGACAUGCCAAACAUGACUGACAUGCCAAAGCUUGCAGACUUGCCCACAAUUGGCGACAUGCCCAGGCUGGCAGACUUGCCAAGGCUUGCGGACAUGCCCAGUAUUGCCGACAUCCCAAAGUUUUCAAGUAACGACUUCAUGGCAAAGCUCCCACAUUCUGGCGAGAUGGACACUGUCCUUUCCGGACUUAAGGAUUUAAUCCCGGACAUGGACUCGUUUAGUUUUGAAAAUUUGCCCAAGGCCGGGCCGACGUUCCAGGGGCUCCCCAUGAGGAUACCGACCUCCACAGCGCAGACAGGCGAAUUUUUUACUCCACUUGCUGACCUAAUCAAACCAGAAGCUGCUUCCCUAACAAGCUUGAUCAAACCAUCCGGAGCUUUCUGA